AUGAAUUUCUUUCCAACUCUCUUCUUCUGUCUAUCUGUAUUCAAAGUAGCACAACUCCAAAAUGUCGAUAGAGAAAUUACGAUAUUAAACCAAUGCUCUUUUACAACAUGGGUUGGAAUUCAAGGACCUAGAAAUCCUGCAAAUGGAGGAUUCAAAUUGGAAGCAGGAGCUAGACAAACGAUAUAUGUGGAGCCAACAUGGAUUGGAACGAUUUGGCCGAGAACUGGAUGUGAUGACGGGAUGGAUUGUGCAACUGGAAGUUGUGGGCCCCAUGAAGAAUGCAAUGGAGCAUCUGGAUCUCCUCCGAUGACCGUCGCAGAGUUCUCAUUUGAAACGGAUGGAUUCAAUGAUACAUACAGUGUCUCUAUGUUGAAUGGAUUUAAUAUUCCCGUGCUUAUUGAUCCGUAUGGACCACUGGAAUGUGCUAGAGCUGGUGGAUGUUACUCAAAUCCGAAUGAUGCGUGUCCGAUGGAACUUGCUAUUCAAAGAGCCGGUAAAACAGUUGGAUGUAAAACCGGAUGCCUCGUCUACAACAACAAUCGAGAAUGUUGCAGAGGAGUGUUUGCAAAUGAAGUUGCUUGCAGUAAAACGAUAGCUGGUCAAAUCUUCAAAGCAGCUUGCCCGACUGCAAUUGCACAUGAAUUGGAUGAUUCGAAUGCGAUGACAUGUAAUGGAGCUUCUUAUGUUGUGCAGUUUUGUUGA